GAAAUUAUCAAAGCUAGCCUGGUGUGAUGCCAACAAUAGAUGAUUGUUAAUCGCUGAAUGUUGGUUACCAGAGAUUCUUUUGCUUGUAAGAUGGAAUAUUCCAAGGUUUUAACAAUAUAAGAUGCAUAGGAUGCUACAUAAGAUGCUACAUAUACAACACCAGAAAAAACGAAACCUGGCAGACAACCUCCACGAAGAUUAAAAAGCAACCUGUUGAUAAACAUGACUGAAACAGCACCAAAUAAACCAUUGUUUCGUGACAUAAAUGCUGAUGACGAUGAUCCUGAAAUAACUGAAAUGGAAAGUCUAUGUAUGCAGUGUCAUGAAAGUGGAACUACACGUUUACUUUUAACCAAGAUUCCAUACUUCAAAGAAAUUAUUAUCAUGUCAUUUGAAUGUCCACACUGCCAUUUUAGAGAUAAUGAAGUCAAACCAGGUUCUGUCAUCCAGGAAAAAGGAGUUAGAUUUACCUUAAAAGUGAAUGAUAAAUCAAUUAUGAACAGACAAAUUGUCAAGCAGGGAUCAGCACUAUUUAAAAUUGUUGAGUUGGACUUUGUAGCAUCAGCAUUUGAGACAAAAGGAGUUUUAACUACACUUGAAGGAAUAUUAGAUACAGCUGUUACAGGCUUGCAACAGGAUCAACCAGUUAGAAAAAUAAUGCAUCCAGAUGUUGCUGAAAAGAUUGACAAAAUUAUUGAGAAACUUGAAAAGUAUAAAACUGGAGAAUUUCCUUUCACAUUCAUACUUGAAGACACAUCAGGAAAUAGUUUUAUAGAAAAUCCAUGUGCACCACUGCAGGAUCCUAAUUUACUCAUAGAAUAUUUCGAGCGAACAAAGGAGCAAGAUGAGAAACUUGGGCUUCAAGCAAUAGAAGAAGAACCUGAACAAAAAGAGAAGGAAAACAAGAAUGAAGAAGAGAGCGAUACCAAAAUAAAAGACGAGGUAUUGGAGUUUCCUACAAAUUGCUCAGCUUGUCAGUCACCAACAAUGACGAAAAUGAAAGUAUUACAAAUUCCGUACUUUAAAGAGGUAAUAAUAAUGGCAAGUAGCUGUGAUGUGUGUGGCCAAAAAAGCAAUGAAAUUAAAUCUGGAGGUGCUACCGAACCCUUAGGUUCUAAAAUUACAUUUAAAAUGACAGAGACUACAGAUCUUUCAAGAGAUGUGUUGGCAUCACAAACCUGCACUAUCCGAAUACCAGAGCUAGAUAUUGACAUAAAUCAUUCGAGUAUGGGUGGAAAAUUUACGACCUUAGAAGGUCUUUUUGUAAACAUGAAAGAACAGCUUGGACAAAUAUUUCCAUUUGCAAUGGGUGAUAGCGCGCCUGAAAAUAAUCAAAUUAAAAAUACAAUUAACAAGUUAGAUAAGGCAAUAAGUGGCGAUUUAUUUCUUACCGUGAUACUUGAUGAUCCAGUUGGCAAUUCUUAUUUACAGAACACAUGGGCGCCUGAUGCCGAUCCAAAUCUAACAAUCGAAAAAUACGAAAGAACAGAAGAACAAAAUGCAGAAUUUGGCAUUUCCGACAUGCGCACUGAAAAUUAUAUAUGACACACAUUCUAAAAAUAAAUGUAUUUCUUUUUAUAA